GCGGAGAUUAGCGAAAGAACACUUGCUAAUGAAUCUAUGAUACGUAAAAAACGUGGUAGACCACUUGGUUCAAGAGAUUUGAAACCAAGAAAAUUUAAACAACAAGUUGUAGUUUGUGAUGCCAAAGAAGUUCAACCUUCUCAAGAAGAAAAUGAACAUUUUGAAAAUAUCGGCCUUGAAGAUAACAUCAAUAAUAAUGAUACCUCAAAAGAGGAUCCAAUCACCUUCGAAGAGGUAAAUAUUCCAGAUAAAGAUAGAAACGUCGAUAAUUUUGAAAUUUCAAUUAAUUACGUUUCUAAUGGAAUACAAUGGAAUAGAAAUGAUAUUGAUGUUAAUGAUAUAUUUUCAUAUGCCAUCGCCACAGAUAUAAUGAAUGAACACGAUGACAAUGAGCCUAAAUCUAUUGACGAAUGUCGUCGUAGAAAUGAUUGGCCAAAAUGGAAUGAAGCAAUUCAGGUAGAAUUAAAAUCGCUAGAAAAGCGUAAUGUUUUUGGACCAAUUGUCCAUACGCCAAAAGGCGUAAAACCUGUCGGUUUUAAAUGGGUUUUUGUGCGUAAACGCAACGAGAAAAAUGAAAUCGUUAGAUACAAAGCCCGACUUGUUGCCCAAGGUUUUUCUCAAAUGCCAGGAAUCGAUUAUGAUGAGACGUAUUCUCCAGUAGUUGAUGCUACAACUUUAAGAUUUUUAAUUGGCAUGUCUGUUUUUGAAAGGCUGCAAAUGCGCCUAAUGGAUGUGGUGACCGCAUAUUUAUACGGUUCACUCGAUACAGACAUAUAUAUGAGAAUUCCUGGAGGCUUUAAAAUACCUGAUGCUUAUAGCUCGAAAUCUCGAGAUUUAUUUUCCAUAAAAUUGCAAAAGUCAUUAUAUGGAUUAAAACAAUCUGGACGCAUGUGGUAUAACCGUCUCAGUGAAUAUUUGAUUAAAGAAGGGUAUAAAAAUGAUCUUAUUAGUCCAUGUGCUUUCAUUCAGCGAUCCAAAUCAGGAUACGCCAUAAUUGCAGUAUAUGUUGAUGAUUUGAAUAUAAUCGGAACUCCUAAUGAAAUUGAAAAUACUGCAAAAUAUCUCAUGAAAGAAUUUGAAAUGAAAGAUCUUGGGAGAACAAAAUUUUGUCUCGGCAUUCAAAUUGAACAUUUGAGAAAUGGUAUUUUCAUCCACCAAUCAAAUUAUACCGAGAAACUUUUGAAGCGAUUUUACAUGGAUAAAGCACAUCCGCUCAAUUCUCCAAUGGUGGUUCGAUCUCUCAAUGUGCAUGAUGAUCCUUUCCGACCUUGUGAAGAUGAUGAAGAAAUUCUUGGUCCCGAAAUACCAUAUUGGAGCAUUAAUGUAUUUGGCUAAUAAUACUCGACCAGAUAUUGCUUUUCUGUAAAUUUAUUAGCCAGGUACAGUUCUUCCCCAACAAGAAGGCAUUGGAAUGGUGUCAAACAUAUAUUCCGAUAUCUCAAUGGUACAAUCGAUCUUGGAUUGUAUUUCAAGAAUGGUGCAAAUGCCACUUUAAUUGGCUACGCGGAUGCAGGAUACUUGUCUGAUCCACAAAAGGCAAAAUCACAAACAGGAUAUUUAUUCACCUAUGGUGAUACCGCUAUAUCAUGGAGAUCAAUGAAGCAAACAUUAAUUGCAACAUCAUCAAAUCAUGCAGAAUUAAUUGCUCUUUAUGAAGCAGGUCGUGAGUGUGUCUGGUUUCCAGCACAUACAAAAUGAAUGCGGUAUAAAAUCUUUUACUUCUAAUCCUACUGUGAUUUAUGAAGAUAAUACAGCAUGUAUAGCUCAGAUCAAAGGAGGUUACAUCAAAGGGGACAGAACAAAGCAUAUAGCACCAAAACUUUUCUCCACACAUGAUCUUGAGAAAGACGGAACGGUUGAUGUCAAACAAAUCAAGUCAUGCGACAACCCUGCUGAUUUGUUCACAAAGUCAUUGACACCGAAAAAAUUUGAAGAACUGGUCCAUAAAAUUGGAAUGUAUCGUCUUCGAGAUGUAUGUUAAAUUGAGGGGGAGUAAUAUAAUGCACUGCACUCUUUUUCCCUUCGUCAGGUUUUUAUCCCACUGGGUUUUUCUUGACAAAGGUUUUUAACGAGACAGUACAUUAUAAUACUAUGAAACUAAUACCCCAGAAUAAUUAGAAGAUGACCAUUCAAGGGGGAGUGUUGAAAUAUUAUUGAAUUAGUCAUCUUCCAACUAUUCCUGAUUAGGAAUUAUUAUCACCAUUAUAUAAAUAAUCAGGAAAUCAUAAUUAUGAUUCUAGAUGAUAAUUGUGUGGUUCACAAUUAUCCUCUAAUCCUAUGAAGCUUAGUUUUUCUCCUAUAAAUAGGAGGCUUCUCCAUUGUAAUUAACACAACACCAUGGUUACACCAUUAUCACACUUCUAAUAACAUCUUUCUCACUAAGUAUUCAGACUAUACUUUCUCUCCCUGAUCUUCUGCUUAUUUCCUUCCAUAUUAUAACAAUACUCAAAUUGUUUCUCCAUUUUCAUUCUAUUCUUUUCUUAAUCUUCCUCGUUCCUUCCACCCUCAUUCAUUACAACUUUCUCCACUCUCCAAUUUCCUUUCCAAAUUGGAGUUAGUCAACAAUGACUUCCUCAACCAACCUAGGUUCCGUCAAGCACAAUCCUCUUUCACCGGCGGCCCUUAAUCUCCGCCACUCGAGCAAUAUCCUUCCCCAAUACCGGAGUCUCCGGACCCUGCCUCGGAAUGGCGGCGGAAGGGUCACGGCGUGUCUUAACUUGGAAACGCGAGCACCGGAUGCUGAGACGGCGAAGUUCGUCGCCGGAGAAAAGAGUCGGACGAUCAUGGACGAGUCUGCUAGGUUCCUGGUGGGGACUUAUGCCAGAGCUCCCUUAGUCCUGUCCAGUGGCAAAGGCUGUAAAUUGAAGGAUGUUGAAGGGCGGGAGUACUUGGAUUUGACCUCCGGGAUCGCCGUCAAUGCCCUUGGCCAUGCCGAUCCCGAUUGGCUCCGGGCGGUUACUGAGCAGGCUGGCACCCUAACUCACGUCAGCAAUUUGUAUCAUUCACUUCCGCAGGUUGAACUGGCAAAACGCCUUGUUCGUCUCUCUUUCGCUGACAGUGUUUUCUUCUCGAAUUCUGGAACCGAAGCAAAUGAAGCUGCGAUUAAAUUUGCCAGGAAGUUCCAGAGAUAUUCACAUCCCGCCAAGGACGACAUCCCUCCCGUGGAGUUUAUCGCAUUCUCCAAUUGCUUCCAUGGGAGGACUAUGGGUGCUGUUGCUUUGACGAGCAAAGAGCAUUACAGAUUGCCAUUUGAGCCUGUUAUGCCAGGAGUUACUUUCUUAGAGUAUGGCAAUAUUCAGGCAGCAACCGAACUGAUUCAGAGUGGGAGAAUUGCUGCAGUUUUUGUGGAGCCUAUCCAGGGAGAAGGGGGCAUAUAUAGUGCUACGAAGGAGUUUUUACAAGCCCUGCGUACUUCUUGUGAUAGUGCUGGUUCACUUCUUGUGUUUGAUGAGGUUCAAUGCGGCUUAGGACGAAGUGGGCAUCUCUGGGCUCACGAGUCUUACGGCAUAUACCCAGAUAUAAUGACACUAGCCAAGCCUCUUGCUGGAGGUCUACCUAUAGGAGCCGUGUUGGUGACCGAAAAAGUAGCCGCGGCAAUAAACUACGGAGACCACGGUAGCACUUUUGCCGGUGGGCCCCUGAUAUGCCAUGCUGCAGUUACUGUGCUGGACAAGAUUUCAAAACCAGAAUUCCUGGCUGGCGUCUCUGAUAAAGGAGACUAUUUCAAAAAGUUGCUUGUCAAGAAGUUGGGAGGAAACUCACACGUGAAGGAGGUUAGAGGGGUGGGGCUUAUUAUCGGAGUUGAACUUGAUGUGGCGGCGGCCCCGCUUGUGGAGGCGUGUCAGCAUUCUGGUCUGCUUGUUUUGACGGCAGGGAAAGGGAAUGUUGUGAGGCUUGUGCCUCCUUUGACCAUCUCAAAGGAAGAAUUAGAGCAUGCAACUGACAUUUUAGCUACCUCUUUGCCUGCAUUGGACAAGUUCAACUAAGUUUAUUUGUAGCAUACUUAUUAUACGGAUUACGAAGUAUAUAAAAGCAAUUUGUGUCCGUUUCAUCAAACAAUUUCUAUAUAUGUAACCUGUUUUUGUAAUAAGGCUCUCCUUCAAUAGUAGAGCCAUUUGGGUAAAACUUGUUGACAUACACAAAGCUGAAGUUGAAGUUCUAAAGAUAUGACAGUGUGUGCAACUCUGCAAAAUGAAUUUUAGUGGAGAGAUAAAGAGCCCGUUUGGUAGCAUGAAAAUUGGCUGUUUUGGCUGUUUCUACUGAAUUUUCUGAAGUUCUGGC